AUGGGAUUUAACCUUCAUGUGCUCAUAUCAACUAUCCUUGGUUUCCUUUUGUUCAUGUUAAUCAAAAUUAUUUUGAGAUCAAAAGCUAAGAAAACAAACUACAAAUUACCACCAGGACCAAGAAAACUUCCACUCAUAGGGAACACUCACCAGCUUGGAGCCUUACCUCAUCAAUCCCUAGCAAAACUAGCGCACCAAUAUGGACCACUCAUGCAUAUGCAACUUGGUGAACUUUCUUGCAUAGUGAUUUCAUCUCAAGAAAUGGCUAAAGAGGUAAUGAAAAAACAUGAUCUCAACUUUGCAAAUAGGCCUCCACUUCUUGCAGCAGAAAUAAUAACUUAUGGAUAUAAAGGAAUGACUUUUUCUCCACAUGGAUCCUAUUGGAGACAGAUGAGGAAGAUUUGCACCAUGGAACUACUAUCACCAAAACGAGUCGAAUCUUUUAGAUUGGAAAGGGAAGAGGAAUUAGCAAGCUUUGUUAAAGAUAUAAUUUUGAGUGAAGGGUCAUCUAUAAACCUUAGUGAGAAGAUAGAUUCAUUAGCUUAUGGAUUAACUUCAAGAACAGCUUUUGGUGCAGAAAUUGAAGGUAAAGAAAAGUAUAGGAAACUUAUGAAGGAUGUGUCAAAGAUGGCUGGAGGGUUUUCUGUUGCUGAUUUGUUUCCUUCAAUUGGAAUCCUUCAAGUUCUUACAGGAUUAAGGAAAAAAAUUGACAAGCUUCAUAGUGAAAUGGAUGUGAUACUAGAGAAUGUUGUAAGAAGUCAUAGAGAAAAGAAUUUGGAAACAAGGGAUGAGGAAGAAACUGGGGAGGAUCUUGUUGAUGUUCUUUUGAAGCUGCAAAAGCAUAGUCACCUGGAACAUCCCUUGACAGACACUGUUAUCAAAGCAACAAUUUUGGAUAUCUUCAGUGCUGGAAGUGACACCACAUUUACAACUCUAGAAUGGGCAAUGUCAGAACUAGUUAAAAAUCCAAAUGUAAUGAAGAAAGCCCAGACUGAAAUAAGAAAAGUGUACAAUAAAAAAGGAUGUGUAGAUGAAGUAAGUCUUGAUAAGCUUGAAUACUUGAAAUCAAUUAUCAAAGAAACAUUGCGUCUACAUGCACCAGUUUCAUUAUUACUUCCAAGAGAGUGUAGUGAAAAAUGUGAAAUAAAUGGAUACGAAAUACCUGCAAAAAGCAAGGUAAUUGUUAAUGCUUGGUCAAUAAGCAGAGAUUCAAAAUACUGGAAUGAACCUAUGAAGUUUAUUCCAGAAAGGUUUAUUGAUAGUGAAGUUGAUUGCAAAGGUGUGGAUUUUCAAUUUAUACCAUUUGGUGCUGGAAGAAGGAUGUGUCCUGGUAUAACAUUUGGUAUUGCUAACUUGGAAAUUUCUCUUGCGAAUUUGCUUUACCAUUUUGAUUGGAACAUUCCUAAUGGGGAUAAUGCUGAUGAACUUGACAUGAAUGAAUCUUUUGGAUUGAAUGUUAGAAGAAAGCAUGAUUUGUGGUUGGUUCCCACUACUUAUCAUCCCUCAAGUUAA